AUGCUUAUUCAUAUUGAUAAAAAUCUAAUAUUUUGUUUAUCUUUAUCGAUGGAACGUACGCUCUCGAUACGUAUAUAAAUUGAUCCAUAGAGUUGUCAGUAACAGAAUUGCGAUUCUUGCCAUCAUGUACACACCAAUCCUUGUACUGUGCCUAGCGGUUGCCGCUUUCGCCUUCCCCGAGAGCCAAAUUGUGGGUGGAAAAGAUGCACCUGCUGGAAAAUUCCCAUACCAAGUGUCGCUUCAGAGCAACGGAAGACAUUUCUGUGGUGGAUCAAUCAUCAAUCAGCGUUACAUCCUUACCGCAGCUCACUGUGUUGAAGGAACCUCUCCUUCAGCCGUAACUGUCGUCGCCGGAUCUAACAAACUGAGUGUCAAAGGAGUUUCCUAUGGAGUAGAAAAGAUCACAGUUCAUCCGCGGUACAGUUCCAUUUUAAUUGUUAACGACAUUGCUGUACUUCGCGUUAAUAGGAACAUUGCUUUCACCAACUUGGUUAAACCAGUCAAACUGGCAUCUUCGGAAACUGCUGAGGGAUCAUCUGUUGUUUUGUCUGGAUGGGGAACGACCAAGGCUGGAGGAAGUGUACCUGACAAUUUGCAAGAAAUCAACCUGCAAGUUUACUCUCAAUCGAAGUGCAAGAAGACCCACAGCAACCUGCGUGAUACACACAUCUGCACAUUCACCAAAUCCGGCGAAGGAGCCUGCCACGGAGACUCUGGCGGUCCUCUUGUCAACAACGGCGAACAAGUUGGUGUUGUUUCCUUCGGACGUCCCUGCGGCGUUGGAUAUCCUGAUGUCUUCACAAGAGUAUCUUCCUUCGCAUCUUGGAUCAAGGCUAACACCCCCUAAAUGGCAAAAUUAUAACCACCCGGUUGUAAUGCGAACUGAUUUAACUGGCUUUAUAUCUCCUAUAUGACUUUAAUAAAUAUUAAUUGCUUAUAAUAAUUAAA